AUGGAAAGCCCACACGAGCAACAGCAGAGCCUCCUGCUUUCGAGGAUUAUUACCAAUAUUGAAAAGCUCAACGAGGCCGUCAUGGUCAUGAACCGCAGCCUCCAAGAGGUCAACAUCCAGAAUAUGAAUGUUGAGUUGGUUGCUCAAAUGUUCAAGAAUUACCAAUCGAACGUUCUGUUUCAUCUCGAAGCUACGGACAAUCUAAAAGACCCUGUUUGA